AUGCGCUUCGACGAUAACAUGGACGACCGGCAGAGUAUUGGCGGUGGGAGCGCAAAUAGCUCCAGCGAUUUUGUGCGAAAGCUUUACAAAAUGCUGGAGGACCCGUCAUACUCUCAAGUCGUCCGGUGGGGCGAUGACGGCGGAAGCUUCGUAGUACUUGAGAAUGAAAGGUUCACCAAGUCUAUCCUUCCCAAACAUUUCAAACAUAGCAACUUCGCCAGCUUCGUGCGCCAGCUCAACAAGUAUGACUUCCACAAGGUGCGACACAAUAAUGAAGAGAGUGGGCAUUCUCCGUACGGCUCAGGUGCCUGGGAGUUCAAGCAUCCUGAGUUCAAGGCGAACAACAAAGAUUCGUUGGACAAUAUCCGGCGAAAAGCACCAGCACCCCGGAAACCACCCCAGGUCGUCGAAGAGGCAGCUCCAACCCAACAAAUGGAUCUUGUGAACACUCAAUUAGUAGCCACACAACAGCAACUUCAACAGCUCCAGCAACGUUAUGAGGAACUCAAUAUACAUCACUCAAUACUUACGCAAGAGCUAAUGAAUGUACAAAAGACGGUUGUCAAUCAUGAACACGUAAUGCAAAAUGUAAUGAGCUACCUGCAUUCUGUAGAUGCAAGGCAAAGACGGGAUAGCAAGAUCGGAGGACCGUUCGCACACACCGUGGACAACAACGUACCGCCAGCUAACGUGGACCCGGCACAGCAGCAGAUUUCUCCCCUGGAGGACGAGCCCGCUUCGCCAUUGCAGCAUGCAACAAAAUUGUUGCAUGAUCUCAAUGCCGAUGUCCAAUUGAACUACAAGAAUCUGGAGCACAUGUCGGAUCUGCACAAUCGGAAUGGCGUGAUGUCCACUCCACCUCCAGAUGGGUCUCGCGUUCAUGCAAGGGCGCCAACAUCCGCUGGCUCAAGCUCAUCAAUGGAUUAUGCCAAACUCCAUGGAGAUUCAGAAGCCAUAGUCUAUCCUGUCGGCCAAUCGAACGGUAUCGAUCCAAUGUACAGCGAGCAUAUCCACAAUAUACCAUAUCCCAUGCCAUCGAAAGAAAACGAGGCCGUAGACUCGCGAAUGUCCGCGCCAGCAGCCCGGAAGAAGAGUACGCAGGUCGAUCCGGGCUGGGUUAGGGCUCCUCAAAUAUUGCUCGUUGAAGACGACCCAACCUGUCGAAGGAUUGGAAGCAAAUUCCUGUACUCUUUUCGCUGCGCGAUAGACAGUGCCUUCGAUGGGUUGGAGGCCGUCAACAAAAUGAAUGCAGGUUCAAAGUAUGACUUGGUGCUAAUGGAUAUAAUUAUGCCGAAUCUUGAUGGCGUUUCGGCAACACAUUUGAUACGGCAAUUUGAUCACACCCCAAUCAUAGCCAUGACUUCAAACAUACGCAGUGAUGAUAUCUCGAUGUACUUCCAACACGGUAUGAACGAUGUCCUCCCCAAGCCUUUUACCAAGGAAGGUCUUUUGAACAUGCUCGAGAAGCAUUUGGGGCAUUUAAAGCACAUGGCAGAUGGGAUGGAGCCGAUGGCGCCUCAUCCAGGGUCUUCGAUACCCCAAAGUUCCGCUGCACACUCUUUAAAAGACGAAAGCUCUCCAGCUCAGUCACCGUCAACUAUAUCGAACUGGCAAUCGCCAGGACAAUUUACUGGCAUCUCACCUACUCACGCAGCCACACCACAUCAGUUCAUGCACCCUAUGCAUGCCGGAUAUAGUCAGGACCAAAGUCCGGUCCAAUUUCAAACUCCUCACACGCCUCUCGGUGCUCCACGGCAGAUGCAGCACCGAAGACAGAUCUCAGAGAUCGGAGGUGAAGACAUAUCGAUGAUGCCCCCAAAGAAUACCACCAAGUCGGCAAAGGCAAAACAAAAGCCGCAAGAAGACCAGAGGGAAGAGUCAUUACAGGCAGUCGUUCUUGCCGACUCAUUUGAGACGAGAUUCAGACCUUUUACCCAGGAACGUCCAAGAUGUCUCCUUCCUCUCACGAAUACCCCGUUGAUUGAAUAUACUCUCGAGUUCCUCGCCAAUGCCGGCGUCCAAGAUGUCUUCGUAUACUGUGGGAGCCAUGCGGACCAAGUUGAAGACUACAUUAACGCCUCGAAAUGGAAACUCAAGUCAUCUCCCUUCCGCGCUCUGACAUUGCUCAAGUCCACCGCAAGCUCUGUAGGCGACGCAAUGCGCGACCUGGAUAAUCGCGACCUCAUAACAGGCGACUUCCUCCUUGUCUCUGGCGAUGUGGUCUCCAACAUGUCCAUUGAACCCGCUUUGGCAAAGCAUCGAGCACGCCGAGAAAAGAAUAAAGACGCUAUCAUGACAAUGGUGCUCCGGGAAGCGGGCACUGGCCAUAGGACCAAGAGCAAAGGCUCAAGACCAGUAUUCGUCAUCGACCCGGGUGCGGAAAGAUGCCUUUACUAUGAGGAGAUGGGUAGUCGCAGGGGUAGAAGCAGACAUAUCACCCUGGAUCCGGAAUUGCUUACAUCUAAUGCCGAAAUCGAUGUUCGGGAUGAUCUCAUUGAUUGCCACAUAGACAUCUGCACGCUUGAUGUUCUGGCACAGUGGAGCGACAACUUCGAUUUCCAAUCCCUACGCAAAAGUUUUCUACAUGGAGUGCUGAAAGAUUAUGAGACCUACGGGAAGACCAUACACACUUAUAUCGUGACAAACCAAUACGCUGCUAGAGUCAAGAGCUUACGCGCGUACAACGCCAUCAGUAAGGACAUUAUGGGACGAUGGGUCUACCCCCUUUGUCCCGACAGUAACCUUGUGCCUGAUCAGAGCUAUCGCUUUAGGAAAGGCAAGGUGUAUCAAGAAGAUGCAGUCGUGGUUGCGACGACGUCGAUUAAGAAGACGGCUAUUGGCAGUCAAACCAAUAUAGGGGAGGACAGUAUAAUCACUGGAAGUACCAUCGGAAGAAGAUGCAGGAUCGGAAAAAAUGUCAUCAUCGAGGGAGCCUACAUCUGGGACGAUGUUACUGUUGGAGACGGGUCCAUCAUCCGCGAAGCCAUUAUAGCCAACGAGACCACAAUAGGGAAAAACUGCACAAUUGAGUCUGGAGCAUUGAUCUCGUUUGGAGUGAGCUUGCCGGACCACAUUGGUAUCUCGAUGGAUCGCAAAAUCACUCGACAUCAAGAAAGCUUCUUCGAUAACAGGUUGGACCCUGAGGAUUCUGAUACCUCCAGCGUCGCAUCCUCCCGUCUCGUAUACCGCCAUCCUUCAGCUUCCAGCUCCGCUUCUUCUAUAUCUACACUGGCAUCCUUGAACGACGAUUUGGAACCUAUACGAGACUCGUCCCGCCGUAGUAGCUUCCGUUCCGAUCCUUCAGACGACGCGGCGGAAACCCGAGAUUUCCAUCUGGAAGCAACCGCGAGCAUUCUCGAUGGCCUACAGAAAGGGGACCCCCCUGACACUAUCAUACUUGAACUGAAUGGCUAUCGCAUGUCCACAAACGCAAGCCAACAUGAGGUACGCAAGGCCGUCGUGGCGGCUUUUAUGAAGAGAGUGUCUAGUCUUAGUGGUGAAGAUAAUGCAUCUGGUAUCAGUGCGCGCGAGGCUGUAAGGGAGGUCUUCAGCAAGUAUAAAGGACUUGUCGAGCGGACGAUGUUCGAUAAAGACGUGGAUGAAAAAGUCGAUCAGGUGGAUUUCUUGCUAUUGCUCCAGAAAGAGGCGUUUGGCCGACCAAAUGGAGAUCAGUUACUGUUGUUCGUAACCAAAGAGGUGUAUGACUCGGACAUCAUCGAAGAAGAUGGGCUGCUUCAGUGGUGGGACAAUGAGCGGAGUGCGGAAGGGGAGAUGGGAAAAGUGAGGGAUCUGACGGAGCAGUUCAUCACCUAUUUGAAAGAGGCCGAGGAGGAUGACGAAAGUGAAGAUGAAGAUGAAGAUGAAGAUAUGGAGGACUGA